UGUUGGAGCCCCGACUCCUGCCCUGGAGCCUUACUUCGCACAUGCCUGAGCGCACAGGCCUGCCAGGAAGAAGCGGGUGCGUCUCCUUUCCCUUUGACAGCCCGCACAGACCGCCAGGGCAUUUGCUGGGAUUUCUCCGCUUGGGCGCAGCCUCCGAAGCCAGCCCCCAGCAUUUCUCCUGCAAACGAGAAUCCGCCGGAGCCUUGGCGAGCUUCCCUCUGAGUUUUUCGAGUCAAAAGAAGAGAAACAGCUACAUUCAUUUAAGAAUGUCUUUUGAGAAACUGACCGUUGCGGUGUCGUUGAUCUUUUGCUUUGUUAGCCCAGGUAAACCCUGCAAGCGGCGCUCACCUAUUGAUGUAUUAGAAGGGGAAUAUUUUUCAAAUUGCUGCCCUGCUAUAGAACAAGAUAAAGGAUAUACUAUAACUUGGCAUAGAGAACAAGAAGGGAAAUUGAUGGAAAUUCAAGAAGACAACAGAAUUAAAAUGGAUGGGAGAUAUCUGCAAUUUUGGCCAGUUGUAUUGAAUGACACCGGAAAAUAUAAUUGUUGUCUCAGCAAUGGGUCAGAAGUCAUCAGCUGUUAUGAAUGGUCCCUAAACAUUAUCAAAAGAAAUAAAGAAAGUUGUUUCAAUGCAAAUCAUGUGUUAACUGUGAUACCAGGAAUAGUUGGAAAAUCCUAUUUCGUUAAAUGCAACGAUAUCCCUCACACUGCCAAUGUUUCCAACAUAACAUGGUACAAGAACUGCGAAAGGAUUGUGAGCCAGACAGAAGAUGAAUGGUAUAUUGAACAGUUAAAAGCUGAAGAUAGUGGAAAAUACACAUGUGUAAAAUCACUUGUUCAUGGAGGAAGGACAUACAAUACCACAAAAACAAUAGAUCUAAUAGUGAAAGGUGAUAAAGAACUCACCAGACCAGCACUAAUUGGAUCAGAUCACAGUACUUCCAGAGCAGAAAUAGGUAAAGAACUUUUACUGAACUGCACAGCUUUUCUGGGUUAUUCCAACAAGUCAGACUCUUUUUACUGGAUUCACAAUGAUGCCAUAAUAGACUCAUGUGAGGAUGUUGAGGAACAGAUCUCACUAUGUCAAAUGAAAGAACAUAUUUAUUAUGAAAAAAGGGGAAAAUAUGUCACAAGGAUCUUGUGGAUUAAAAAUGUUAAAGAGGAAGACAUGAAUUCAUCAUACAAUUGUAUUUUAUCUUUCGGAGGAUAUCCAUCUAUAUGUCAGAUACAUACAUUGCUGAAAGAUCUUUCUAAUCCAGAUCUACCUGUCCAUGUCUUUACAACUGGCAUUAUCAUGGCAAUAUUCUUUUCAUUUGCUGCUGUGUUUAUGGUGAUUCUGUAUGUGGUGUUCAGAUUUGAAUUUGUGUUGCUAUAUCGAGAGAUAACAGGGAAAGAUGAAACUUUAGGAGAUGGAAAGCUAUAUGAUGCCUUCGUGUCUUACCUGAAAGACUCUGUACCAAUAUAUGGCGAAGAGAGAAAAUUUGCAUUGGAGGUGUUACCCAAAAUAUUAGAAGAUAAUUUUGGAUACAAACUGUGCAUCUUUGAACGAGAUAUCUCCCCUGGAGCAGCUGUUAUUGAUGAUGUCCAGUCAUUUAUUGACAGAAGUCGAAGACUAAUCAUUAUACUGAGUAAGAACUACAUUUCUGACCAAGUCAUGUUUGAACUUGAAAUUGGGCUUCACAAGGCUUUAGUUGAAAGAAAAAUUAAAGUAAUAUUAAUAGAAUAUAUGCCUGUAACUAAUUUUGAUUUCCUGCCCAUGUCUUUGCAACUUCUUUCAUCCAAACAAGUGGUGAAAUGGAACAAAGAGAAAUCAUUGCCUUUAAAUUCUAGGUUUUGGAAGAAGCUCCGUUAUGCAAUGCCUGCUAAGCCCCCCUUGAGAAAAACAUUGACUACUUUUGAAGAGCAGAAUCAUUGCAGGACAGAACAUUAAAAACUAAUGUGUUUUGUACCAUAUCGGGACUGUCUCUGAUCACAGUGUAUUUUGCUUCAAGCCACUAUUAUUUUCCUUUGAGAGGAUGAAAUCCCUCAAUCCUCAGAAACAUGACUGAGGACAGGACGCAAGUUUCCUCAUUGGCUGCUCUAUGGAACUCCCUGUAAUGGGAGACUCAGCCAAUUCCAUUGAACUUCUGUUGGCAAACAAAGUCCUUUUUGUUCAAGUAGGUAAAGGUAAAGGUUUUCCCUUGACGUCUAGUCGUGUCCAACUCUGGGGGUUGGUGCUCAUCUCCAUUUCUAAGCUGAAGAGCCAAUGUUAUCUGUAGACACCUCCAAAGUCAUGUGACUGGCAUGACUUGAUGUAGCGCUGUUACCUUCCUUCUGGAGCGGUACCUAUUGAUCUACUCACAUUUGCAUGUUCUCGAACUGCUAGGUUGGCAGAAGCUGGGGCUAACAGCGGGAGCUUACUCUGCUCCCUGGAUUCAAACUGCUGACCUUUUGGUCAGCAAGUUCAGCAGUUCAGUGGUUUAACCCGUUACACCACUGGAGGCUCCCCCUUUUUUCAAGUAGAGUUCUGAAAAUGGACUGCAGAAGAAGGUCCUUUGAAUAUAUGGAUGUACUUUCCUGUUGAUGUGCUUUUUCAAUGGCUUUUAAUUCAGGUGUGUUUCAAUGUACCCAUCUGUUUCGUGUCUAAUGUUAUAACUUAAGUUUUUAAAAUACUUUUUUCUAAAAUAUUAUGAACUCCCUUGAGUAUCCAUUUUUCUGAGGGAAAGGAAAGGUAAGAAUCAAUCAAUCAAACAAACAAACAAACAAUAAAUAAAGGAUAUAGGAAUUGCCUGCAAAGAGGAGAAUUGUCAUAGGGCUCAAAAGAGAACAUAUUCUCUCAUUUUUAUGGUAUAAUUUUUCUGAUUGUAGAACUGUGUCUGUUCACAUUUGAACUGGUCCAAUGUUUUUUGAGUUGUCUUGGGUUUCACUUAGGGUGAAUGAAGCAUAUAAAAUGAAUGAAUGGAUGGAUGGAUGGAUGAAAUCUUCAUAGCAAAACAGGCUUCUGCUGGCACUAAAGUACAACAGCAACUUAAAACACAUGUCUAAUGUGAGUAAGAAAUAGGAGUAAGACAUUUCAAGUAAAGCUACCUGCUCCUGGUUACAUUUAAGUAACUCAGCUUGAUGUGGUUGUGCCUGAUUAUGCCCACUGAUUAUUGGUAGAAAGAACUUCUGCUUGUGGAAAGUGUUUGAUCCAAGAGGGGUGGUGAUUUUUCUCAGCUGCAUCCCUUCCCAAAUAGUUCCAGAGGAUUCUCCCAAGGCGCUUCCAGACAUCAUUUAAACCCACUUCAGAGCGGGUAAAAUAAACCUGCUCCAAAGUGGGUUUAAUUCCCCACAGCCAAAAAGGGCUUUGCAUGUCCUAGUAUCUUUCAGGAGUGCAUGGGGACACCGAGAACCCCCCCCCCCAAAAAAAGCCCUAAAAAUAAGAGUAAACUUGCUGGGCUGCCAUGAUGUCUCUCUGCAUGUCUUCUGGAGCAUACUAAUGAUGUACUAGGAGGCGGGGGUGGUCAGAAGCAAUUUGUC